AUGGUUGCGCGAGAAAUUUUUCUGAUGUUUGCUCCCGGCCAAUGGGAGGCGGCCAAGCCGCGUGGGGCGGGAGAAGAAGGCACAGCGACACGUGUGCCAGUGGUGUCCUGCCCCCGUGCCCAUUCUUCUGAAUGCCUCGACUGGCUCGACACGCAGGAGCCAGACUCAGUCCUCUAUGUCGCAUUCGGCAGCAUAGCGAAGCUUUCGCAGGAGGAAUUCGAGGAGCUCGCGCUCGGUUUGGAGGCGAGCAAGGUGCCGUUCUUGCUCACAGUCAGGCCGCCCCAGUUCGUGGACGAGGGCGACACGACAGUCCUGGUGAAGAACAGUGACUUCUACAAGAACUUCGUCGAGCGGACCAAGGGACGAGGCCUGGUGGUUUCAUGGGCGCCGCAGAGAGAAGUUCUGGCGCACAGGGCAGUGGCUGGAUUUGUGAGCCACUGCAGAUGGAACUCGGUCCUGGAGAGCGGCUCCAGCGGCGUGCCGAUCAUCUGCUGGCCUCGGAUAUAG